CCCAGCUCACCUCAGCCUGUCCUGAGAAGCAACCCAGAGGCUGUGAUUAGAGAUAUAGACAUACUCACCCAACUUUUAUUGCAUUGGAGGAUCUGGCACAGGGGAGGUGACCAGGUCACUGUUACAUUGUUUGCUGCUCUCGAGGCCCUGGUCAGUCCUAACCAUCCUCACCGUAAAUUUAACAUCAAGCAGAUGUUAGCUGGGGGAGUUAUCAACAAAAUCUUCAGUAUUUACCUUGUAUGUAUUCAUUUCUGUAUUUUAACAUCACUAUUAACUAUAACUUCAGUAAUUACCUUUUAUAAAUUCAAUUCAGUAAUUUAACAUCACUGUUAUUUUUAACUUAUAAACAAAAUUAAAUUGAUUUUGUUUAAUGUCAAUCUCAUUUUUUAGAAAUAGCUUAAACCAUAUGUUUGCAUAUUCCUUAAUAACAUACAUAAUUUUAUAAUUUAACUUAAAAUAAUCACAGUUUGUUAUUUAAUACCUAUAACUGAAAACAGUUUUAUCUGUUUUAUUUUUUACUAUAAAACAGUAUUCAGUUAUAAUGCUUGAUGUCAUUGCCUUUCCAGGAAAGAAUCCAAGAUAGCCAGCAAUCCCUCUCCGUGUCUGUGAGUCAAUCAGCCUCUGUUGUGAUUACAAGCCUGUUGGGCUCACCACCUGACCUGCAUUUGUUGAUGCCUGUCAUGGAUUUCUUGCUUCUUGUCCACCCAGCACCCAGUGGUUUCAUAAAUUUUAACCCGAAUUAUUUCUACUUUAAAUUGUGGUGGGGUAAGUCAACAAUUGCUGCACUAUCAUUAUCCACUGUUUUGAAAUAAAAUGUUAUUUGACUUUAAACCUCUGAUAUUUUCUAAUUCUUUUUCCUGUCCAAUCCUAAAUUCUUUGCCUCUGAUUUAAAUUGAAAUUGUGUCCUAGUAAACGAUUGAGGGCUCAUAGACCAUAUUAGUUUUGUACUGGUUUGUUAGUUCUGUUUAUAAAUAAUAACACUUUUUAAAAAUAAUUUUUUAAAGAGAUAAUAAACCCCACAAAUAUGUUUUUUAAGAAAUUUAUGCAAUUUCAAUUGUUGUACUUUUUAAAAAAAUAAAGAUGGUGAGCGUCCACGAUCAUUUAGCUCUGACCAGAAGAAAAUGAAGACAAAAUCUACACGCACAAUUAGUGAAAAAUCUGACGCUACUGUUGAACAAAGUAGAGAGGUUACAACCGGUAAAGAUUUAAUUUUUCCAUAUAAUUUAUUUUUCCAACAAAAAUGUUUAAAUGUACUCAAAGUAUCGAAUUGUAUAAUUUAUUUAUGUUUUUUUAAAUUCCUUUCAUCUGUCAUUAAUUCUUUAUAAGAGUUUUUAAUAGAUUUUUAAAUUUUAACUGCAGGGCCAAAACUUGUCUCUGUGCACAACUCUACCAAAUUUGACCCUACCUUAUCGCUCAAGAGUCAGGAUGCAGACAACCAAGACAACUCUCAGGAUGAGAAUGAAGAAUUCAAAUUUCCUCCCUUGAAGCCUGCCAACCCCAACUCUGAACAAACAUUGGACAUGGAUGCUGACUAUGAAGAAAGUGAUACCAGCUGGAGGCUGAAGAAGAAAGCCACAUCCUCCAGAGUUACAGACACAGCAACAUCCAUCAGUUCAGUUCAAAAUUUAGACACUUCUGACCUUUCAAGCAGCAGUCAUGACUCCCAAGAUGAUGCUGGUUUGAAAAAUUUAAAAACAAGAUCUGCCCUGGAGCAAAAAGACUUGAAUAGUUCGUUAAGUGCCAGCCAGGCAUCUGGAAAGAGAAAAAAGAAAAGCUCACCUAGAAGAAAGCUGGUUUAUGCUAGCUCAGAUAAAGAAUCAAGUGUGGGGGGCUUUGUUGAGAUGGGGAUGGAGUUAAAUGUAGACCAAAAUGAAAUCAAUAAUCUGUGGACACAUAAGAGAGGCCACUCUGGCAAGGAAAGGGUACCAGUGAACAACCAUGUAUUGCUCGGUGACUCAUCCCAUCUUGAGGAGGAAGUUGACCAGGGACUGAUGAAGCUUUGUAUAAGUAUGUGUACUAUUAGGGAAAUAUUAAUUGUCCAAUGCCUGUAAUUCAGGAAAUUUUUUAACAUGAAUUUAUUUUCUAUCUGGCAAAAAAUGUAUGCAUUAAGCAAAUUUUGAAUAAAAGAUAUUUUAAAAUCAUGAUUGCAGUUCUUAGACUUAACAAAUCUUUGGAAUUUUCCUAAGAAAUGGUAAAUAAAAUUUUCUAUCUAGAACAAGAGUUCUUAACCUUUUAUGGUUCCUUCUUAAACUUUUUUGGUUCCAUUGACGCCUUUAGCUAGUCAGAUGUAAUCAUGACACCCCCCCCCCCCAUGCAUUUAAAAAAUUGCAAAUGAAAUGCAUAACCUCUUCUCACCUACUCCCAAGAGUUUGUUGAACCACAUGUUAAGAAUUCUUGAUCUAGAAUGAAAAUAUUCCAAAUACAAGCUAUGAGUUUCUAUAUUUUUUAACCUAUGCCGAAGUUUAAAAAAACCAACUAGUCAAAUGAUAAAUUAAUUUAAGAUUGCGAGAACAUUUAACAACUGUUUUAUUAGUUUGGCAAAAUUAACAGUUUUUUUUUAGACCCCUGAAACUAUAUAAAUGUUGACAUUACUUAUCAAUGUUGUUAUCAUGAUUUAAUUGGUGACUUUUUAUUUUAUUGUAAUUUUGUUUGAAAACAGGUUUAAUAGAAUAUCUGACAGAUAUCAUAAAUGGGUACCCCGAGCCUUCACUUGAUAAUGUCUUCAGUAAGGUGGUCAGUCCAAAGAGCAUGCUUGUAUUGGCCAAGAACCCAUCUAGUGGCAUGAGAUUGGCAGUCAUGAAGGUUAGAAUAUUAGCUGUAAUACUUGAAUUACAUUAAACUUUUGAUUCACAAUGCUUGCAUCUUGUCAUUUAAACAAAAAAUAGGCGGGAGGGAGCAGUUUAAUUUUUGUAGGCAUUCAGGUUUUAAUACUUGAUUGCUUUGUCUUUAACCAACAAUCCGAUCAAUCAGACGUUGGAAAUGUGGCAAACUAGGUACAGGAAAACCUGAGAAAAAGAUGCAACAAAACAAUGAAUGAGUUGGCAACGAGCCUUUUCAGUGAACAGUACAGCAACAAAAAUAUAAACUUAGCUGAAAUGUUGUAUCCAAGAGGAUAGCAAGAGAAAUGUAGACCAUUAGUAUGUAAGAGAGUUCAUAUAGGCAAAGGGGGAAGGAAGAGAGGAAAAGUAAGUAUAUAGCGACUGGUUGUAAAAAGGAGGGUGCAGAGAAAAGAUUUAACGAGUGAUGGGGGAACAUGACAUUCAUGCCAUGUGGUGUCAAGGUCCCAUAGAUGUGGAUCAGUUUUUUUCUCUAAGCUCACUCUGGUGUGUCUGUUGGCAGAGGAAACAAUGACUCUAAUGGACAAGGCGAUGGAGGCUUUGUGGUCGCUUCUAUUGAAGUGAGUUGCGAUAGAACAUUGUUUAUCUUGCACAAUAUUAUGAAUGUGCUCGGAACAUCCGAGUCAAAUUAGCUCUCUUACCUACUAAGGGUCUACUACUGUUCUCUUGUUCUCCAUUUUGAUAAAACAUUUCAGCAAAGUUUUUAUUUUUAUAUUUUUGUUACUCUUUGUUUGCACUGUUGCUGAAGAAGUUUUUUUUCAGACAAGUUCUUAGUUUUGUUGCACCCUUAGACCAAGUUACUCUCAAACUCUUAAAAUCAUACAAUAUCAUCACAAAAUCUAAAUAGUAAAAAAUAAACAUACAGUGUAUAUAAUUAUAAUGUGUACAUCUCAAAAUCGUACAUUCUAAGCUAAACUCGUAAGAGUAAACAGGUCUGCAGUCUUUUUUUUUAGGUUUUCUAAUACAUUUUUAAAAUCAUAUUUCCCUCUACCUAACCUGAUUGGAGUCUCUCUCUCUCUCUCUCUCCCCCCCCCCCCCCCCCCCCCCCAUCCUUUUUUUCAGAAGUUUUAUUAUUUUGAGAAAAUAUGAAUAAAUUUUUUUAAAAAGUUAAUUGAUUUUCUUUGUUAGUUUUACCUUUAAAAUAUAUUAUGGAUCUAUGCAAACUUUUUUUUAAACAGCUCCUUGGCACCUAUCUCUCAAAGGCUCCACCUAGCUUGAUUGAUGCUUUUAUGAAAAUGGAUGGAUUUUAUCUUUUGGCCAAUCAGCUUCGAUCUUUCCCAGUCAAUAUCCACCAUAUGGAAAGUGCUAUGUCAAUGUUGCUCAAACAGGACUUUGUGUUUGACGGCAAGUAAGUGAUACCAACUUGUAAUGUACCCUAUUUCUGUUUUUUGCCACAAAAAGUUUUUGGGGAGAAAGAAAUUGACAUUUAAAAAAACAUAUGUGAAACUUAUAGUUAUUAAAAUAAAAAUAUAUAUGUUGAGAAAGAAAUUAAAUUUACUUUUUAAAUUACAAAGAUUCCUUUCAUCCUCUGGAAGUUAAAUGAAUAAAAAUAAUUUUUGAAAAAAAUGAAGCAUAAAGAGAAAAGAACUUAUUGAAUAUGAAUCAUCUUCUUUACAGCUUUAUGGUUGGUGACUUGGGAGAGCUUUCUACAAUGCAACAAGUGGCUCCUGUCCUGUUUCUGUCUCUCCUGGAAAGUACAGUAUCUGAUCCCAAGCUUUGUAGGAACUCCCUCACACUGUUAUCUCAGGUAAUCAGUCUUGGUGGGGUCAAGUUUUAUAUUGAAGUUAAAAUGAUGAAAAUAAGAUGUAUGUGCCGUCCAUUAUGGUUUUAAUGACAGUAUUAAGGGAUGUAUUUCUCUUUGAUUUAGAGAUCAUCUAGUGCAGUGGUUCUCAACCGUCCUAAUACAGCGACCCUUUAAUCUAGUUCCUCAUGUUGUGGUGACCCCCCAACCAUAAAAUUAUUUUCAUUGCUACGUCAUAAAUAUGUGUUUUCCAAUGGUCUGAGGCGACCCUUGUGUAAGGGUAGUUCUACCCCCUACAGUACUUAAUUCAGACAACACUGUAAAAAUGCAACCAUGAUCAGAAUCUAAGCUUUGUUGCUGAAUACAAGGCACCAGUUGUCACUGUUCCAUACGUGAUUGGUUUCUUUAAUCAAAUUCUUUUACGUGUUCAUAUAUCGUAAUCUCAUUGAAUUGAACACAAGUCCUUUUUUCAUUUGCAAUGUAAAAUUUAAUCCAGAAACAUAUAUAUCAGGGUGUACAAUGAAUAAAACACCUUUCCCCCCAAAAUUCUCAUCAAGUGCUCAAUGAAAAUGCAAUACAACAAAGACAGAUUAUAUACAUGAUGUCCCAAUUACCAUAAAAAUAUGUCACAAUACCUCUCAAGCCCUCAAGGUGGGAAAAGCUUUCAUUAACUAAACUACAACACAAUACACACCACGCACAUUAAAACAAUAUUCGAUGAGCAAACAAAUUUUAGUGAAUACCCAUCCUGGACACCAAUCAAGCCCAGGUGACAAAAAAUAAGCUAAAAACUUAAACAGGACAAGAAAUAGAUGCCCCUAGGACUCAAUGGUGGCCUUCUCUGCCUCAUAACAUACACUUAGUGGGUCAGAGUUUGAUGGGGAUGGUCUCAGCACUUGAUGGGUAUGGCCUCAGAAUAUUGGAAAAUAGGUCAACCUAAGUAGGCAGCUUUUAUGGGGCCUUUGAGAGACCCUGAGUGAAAUAGGCAGGUUGAUUAGACUCACCGUCCUUGUAAUGCAGCUAUUAUGGGGAUUUAGAGAAAAACUGAGUAAAAUCUUCAAAUAAAGAAGCUGGUAGGCAUCCAAUUUAGAGAGAAAUUAUAAUAUAUUUUUCUAAGCUGAGAAAGUAUUUUUUUAAAAAGAUAGUUGUCUAGCAAGAAAAACAAUCUAGUAAAAUGUCAACAGUUUAAGUAAUUUAGUUGUACAUCCUUCUUUUUAACCAGAUUCGUUUCUUGUUAAGGGCUUUAUUCAAAUUUCUUGAAAUGAUGGACAUAGGAAUAUUAACACAAACUUGAAAAAUUCUAUGCAGCUUCUGGAAUCCACACCCACCAUGAGCACUUUGCUACUGGACCUGGGGCUGGCAGAGACCAUGUGCAACCUGGCAAACAGCAUACAAAGACGUUACAUCAGGUAAAUAGUUUUAAGUUUCUUAACAUUCACAUAGUACUUGAUUAUAAAAUAUAAGCCUUUAAAUGUUUUUAAAAAAAUAAUUGUCUUUCCAUUUGUCCUCUAGUGAACCAUCACAGGAGGAAGACGAACUGACAAGAGUUUUGCUGGUUGAUGUUCAGCAUGUUUUAUGUUCAGCAGUGGUCUCAGAGUUCAGGUACAUCUUUUAAAACUAUACCCAUCAGUCACUCCAAUGGAUUUCUUUAAUAAUAACUAUUAUCGAACAAUCAUAUCUUCCUAUUGUCUCACAUGAAGUUGAGACUCGCCAAUCUAUGACUGCUCAUUAUUGAGAAAUUAUGAAGGGAUUCAAGUUAAAAGUGAUAAAAAUUUGAAGAAAAAAAGUGGGACAUUUUGUUUUUGAUUUACAGAUAAGACAACAAUUAUUGUUUUCUUAUGAAUACUUAUUGAUAAAAUAUUGCUCACUGAACUAUGAGAAAGUAUAAUGUUAAAUUUAUUAACAUAUAUAAUGCUUAAUUUUUGUAGAUAUUCAUUAGUUGCCUGCCAUUAAAAUACUUAAAUAUUGCUUCCAAUCCAGCUGGAUGGGCCCCACUCAUUUUCAAAAUGUUGAAGAUAUGUUUACCUUACUCAAGGCACUUGAGGAUCAUGAGUCAGGUAAAUCUUUAACUAAACUGGCAAAAAGUUUAGUCAUUGGAUGCAUUGUCUUUGAUUUACCAACUUCACAUGCAGCUUCACCCAGUUGAUUUCGACUUAUUCAUAGCCUAGGUGAAAUCUAUUUGCAUAAAUAGUUUUGCUACUGUAAGUAAUUACAGCACCACUGAGGCUGGUAGAUUUUUAUAACUUAUACUUAAGUUAUAAGUAACGGGUAUUUUCAGGUUGACUCUAACAUGCUUGAGGCUUCAAGAAAAGUUUCAUUAAAGUCUAUACACGUUUAAGAAUUCAAUGCAUUGAAUUUAACUUUAGAGCCUUUUCAUUUGGGAUGAUCAUAACAAGAAAACAGUAUCAAAUAGUUAAACAAAUAUUUUGUUCAUUCAAUCUUUUAGAGUCAAGCAUAAAACGAGCAGACACAGCAAGAGCCUUUCAGAUUUCUUUAGUCGUCAAAAUUUUAGAGUAUGUUGACAAACGCAGUGAGGAGUUGAAUUCUGUCUCCCAAAGCUGGUUUACAUCAUCGACGGCCAGUAAUGGUAAGUAAGGCCAACCUGUGUCCCUUUUAAUGAUUUUUUAAAGACUGAAAAAUCAGUAAAUAAUAAAUCAUAGACUGCCUUGCAGUACAGUCUUGAUGAUAUGUUAGAUAAAGUCAACUACAAACUGCUAAAUAAUAUUAGUGUAUUACUAAGACUUUAUCCGUAUCAAUUUAAAUACAUCUAAUAAUAAAGUGUUAGUUUAUCAAUAAAUACAUUGAAUGAAGAAGCCCCGGUUCUUGAAUGGUAACAGAAUAGUUUUGAAUUUAUCAUUGAAAAGUUUGAUGACAUACUUUAUUAGUUAAAAGAGUACGUGGUUUAUUGAAUUUUUAUUAUCCUUACUGAAAUUAUUUUGCUCUUAGUUUAAAACUAAGAUAAGCACCAACCACUGUAACUCUUAUCCGAACAACCCAUUUUUUUAGCUUUUAUCUUUCCACUUUUAUUCAUAUUACUACCCUGUUUAUUGACAAUGGUCACUGUUGUAUAUUUUUUUUAGUACAAAACAAAAUUAAAUUAUGGAAACAUUUACAAAAAAAAGGCUUAUUGGAAACUCACUGAGCAAGUUAACCAACAAAAAUUGAUUCAUGAAAAUAGAUUCAGCUCUAUGCUAGAUAUUCUGUUUAAAGUUUUGAACUUGUACAAAAUAUAACUCAUUCAGUUUUAAUCUAUCCAAACAACUUUACAACAGUCAACACACUAUUUUUUUCUGUAAACAUUAAUUUUAUUGAUAAGUCACUUCAAACCCCUGUGUGAUUAGCAAAAGAAAUUUUGAAAUCCAAGUUAAAUUUUAAAAUUACAAACUAACUUUGUAAGGGUUUUAUAUUUAAAAGAUAUCUCUUUUUCAAUCACAAUAAGAAUAGCAUUAUUUUGUCAACCUUUAUAUGUAUUUUCAGAGCGAGAAAAAUUAUAAAAUAAUUGCUGUCUUUGGAAGUAGUCUCAGAUACAAAGUUUAGAAAAACUAAUAAUCUCUUUUUAAAAAUUAUUUUAAAUAUUAAAUCAUUGUUACCUAUUUUAGACAUUCAUGCUAAAUUUUGUGCACACUGUUUCUAUUUUUAAAGUUGAGUUCAUGUGUAAUAUUUUUUGCAUACACUCCUUCAGAGAUUUUCAACCAGGCAUAGCAUAACUUAUAUGGCUAAUUACUUUAAACAGAUGAGUGCACCCCUCCUAUUAAAUAUGAUUUUCCUAUUUUGAUGCCUCUAACAUCUCAGUUCAUCAGUAUGUAAGUAUAUUUUUAUGAGCAAUUUAUCUAACCUAUUCCCCAUCCUUUUUGUAUAUAUUUUUUUCAGCCUCUCUUUCCUCUUCCAAAUCCCUCCGACCUCGGCAAACUCCAUCCUCAAAGUCGUUUCCUGCAUCAUCAAUGACAACAAAUUCUCCCGCUCCACAUUCCCACCUGAAAUCCACUGUAACAUCCCAACCCAUUAAAACAGUAACAAACUUGACUCGGCGGUCAACUUUCUCCUCACCUGACAUGAUGGGUUUCCUCUCAGAUGCAGCACUUGAGGACCGGUUGGCCAACCAGUUUGAUAGUGACUCAUCCAGUUCUUCCCGAAUCGGAACCCCACCUCGAGGUGUCGGGAAUGGGCACAAACACUCUCGCAUAGGAAGCCUCUUUAGCCGGAAAAGGAAAAUAAUUUAUGCCAGCAUUGACCAAUCAGAUCUUUUGGACAGAUUUAGAAAAAUUUUGGUCACAGCCACUGAUCUUGCCAUCAUGUUCCGUAAGAAAUUCUUGUUUUUUUAUAUCAUAGCAGUUUCAUUAUUUGGGGUUAACAAAAAACCUUGCCACGUGGGCACCAAGCAAUAGUAACUUAAGAAGAAAAACCCCACAAAAAACAGCUUUAAUAAUGCUUUCAUUAGCUAUUUAAAGCCCACAUUAAUCAAGCUUUGUAAUUUGCAGUAAGGACACGUCACAUUAGCCUUGUACUAUUUAUACGUUCAAAUUUGCAUUCUAGCCCGUGAAGAGCAGAUUAGACCAAACAAAGAAAGACCUCUAAACUUGUUCACUGAACCUAACACUCCUUGUUUGGAUGACCGUUACCUCAAGCACCUAUUUGUUACCAUCUUUAGGUUCUAUCAGCACAAUUUGGUAAGUUUAUUUCCUUUCAUUUUUAUCUGUUAGGUUUUUUAGAUUUUAACUUUAAUUUAAAGUCUUAAGUGCUUUCAACUCUCAAAUUUUUAUACAUUUUAUUAGAUAUUCCCUCAAAUUUCCCUCUAAUAUAAAAAUUUCCAAAAUUUUGUGAUGAACUAGAACUAUAAUAAAAUUAAAAAAUGUGUUGCUUGUAUAAAAUUAUCUGCUGUUUAAGUUCUAAUCUUAUGAUUCUAAAUUUCUUUUUAAAGGUUAAAGAUGUCUACAACAAAAAAUUGAAAAAUCCUAUCAUGAAUGGUGCAAAAGAUGUUCUUAAAGCUCAGGUAAUUUUUAAGGACUCAGUUAGAUGUUAAUUUCAUGGUGAAUAUCAAUUGUAAUUCAUGUAUUUGUUGACUAAUUUAAAAUGUAAUACUUUUAAAAGUGUCCACAUGUUUUCAUGGAGGAUGUAAUUUAUUUGUAACUUAUGUUUCUUGUUGAACAAAUGUUGACCUAAGCAGCAUUCUUUACCAGGGGUUUUAAUUCAUGUUGAUAAUUGGACAUAUUCAAACAUUUAAAUAAGUUACUAUUACAAAAUCUGACCAAAAAUGUUUGUGUGUGCCUGGUUUUAAAGUUGGUGAAUGUCUCAUUUGCCAGUUCACCAGACUGUUCUUGUGUCUGAUGUCAACAAAAGUGGACUUUGACAUGAGAG